AAUAUCUCUCCCCCUAUCAUGAGUACAUUUAUCUCCCUGUUCUAUUUUUUCCCCUCGUUUGCAUGAACUCUUUCUUACCUUUUAAUGAACUUCUAGGCCUUCUCUUCUCAGGAGUGGUGGGACCUCACAGUUACUCUGUACAACGGCCAGGAUGGAAAGGAACAUGUCACAGUUCUCCUUGGGGAGGCUGAGGGGAGCUUAAAGGUUUGUUGCCGCUUCUGACAGAAACGUUCCAGUUCCAUCACCAACCCUUAACUUCCACCUCGACCCACUGGAGACCACUUAGACACCUGAGCUGAGGCUACAGCUGCAUUCAGAAAACCAUGCAUCAUGUCAGCAGAAGCCAACUGCAGACUUUAAACUCUGUUCAGCAUGUGGACUCGGCGGAGAAAUGAACUGUCCAGGCAAGCCAGGGCAACUCAUAAACUGGUUCCUCUGUUCCCUGUGCGUCCAGCGAGUGAGGAAACUCUGGAGCAGCCGGCGCCCCAGGACUCGGAGGAAUCUCCUUCUGGGCAUGGCCUGCGCCAUCUACCUGGGCUUCCUGGUGAGCCAGGUGGGGCGCAACUCUGUCCAGCACGGAGGGCUGGCUGGCAAGGGGCCGCACCGGAGCAGAGACGUUGCCAAGGGUCCUUUCCCUGAGAUCCCCUUGGAUGGAACGCUGGGCCCUCCUGAGUCCCAAGGCAAUGGGACCACGCUGCAGCCCAAUGUGGUGUACAUCACCCUGCGCUCCAAGCGCAGCAAGCCCGCCAACAUCCGUGGCACCGUAAAACCCAAGCGCAGGAAGAAGUAUGUGAUGGCUUCUCUGGCCUCGGGGCCAGAGGCUUUGGUCGGAGCAUCCUUUCAGCCUCAGGCAGCUGCAAGGGCAGCUGAUGCUGAAGCGCCUGGACACGUCAGGGCAGGAAACCUGGCCAAGGUUGGGGAGCGGCCUUGGAGGUGGAUCCAGGGUCAGAGAGUGCGAGGUGGGGGCGCAGAUUUGCAGCUGCCCCAGGCGGGGGAGAGCAACAUCAGAAUCUACAGCGAAAGCGCCCCGUCGUGGUUGAGCAGAGAAGACAUUGACAGGAUGCGCCAGCUUGCGGACAGCGCGGUGGCUGACCUCCAGCCGGCCUGGUCCAGGAGCGGAGCACGCCUGCUGGUGCUGGAAGGUAUUGCCCGGCCCUCGGUGCCCGCCUGCGGCCCCAGCCCCUGUGGGCUGCUUAAGCAACCUCUGGACAUGAGCGAGGUGUUCGCUUUUCACCUGGACAGGAUCCUGGGGCUCAAUAGGACCCUGCCUUCUGUAAGCAGGAAAUCAGAGUUCAUCCAAGAUGGCCGCCCACGACCUGUCAUUCUUUGGGACUCAUCUUUAUCUCCGACAAGUAACGAGACCCACUCUUCUGUUAAGCUCACCUGGGGAACUUAUCAGCAGCUGCUGAAACAGAAGUGCUGGCAGAAUGGCCGAGUACCCAAACCAGAAUGGGGCUGUACUGAGAUACAUCACCACGAGUGGUCCAAGAUGGCCCUCUUUGAUUUUUUACUGAAAAUUUAUAAUCGCUUAGAUACAAAUUGCUGUGGAUUCCGACCUAGGAAGGAAGAUGCCUGUGUACAGAGUGGACAGAAGCCAAAAUGUGACAACCAGGAUUCUGUGGCUUUAGCACAUAUUGUCCAGCGAAAGCAGGACCCGAGGCACCUGGUCUUUAUAGACAACAAAGGUUUCUUUGACAGAAGUGAAGAUAACUUAAACUUCAAACUCUUAGAAGGCAUCAAAGAGUUUCCUGAAUCUGCAGUUUCUGUUCUGAAGAGCCAGCAUUUACGGCAGAAGCUCCUUCAGUCUCUAUUUCUUGAUAAAGUUUACUGGGAGAGUCAGGGAGGUAGACAAGGAAUUGAAAAGCUUAUUGAUGUGGUUGAACAGAGAGCCAAAAUCCUCCUCACCUACAUCAAUGCCCAUGGGGCCAAAGUGUUACCCAUGAAUGAAUGACCAAAGGGUUCUUCUGGCUGGAGUACUGUUUAUACAUAUGUCUUUUGUUUCUGUUUUUUGAAUCAAGUACACAAACCUCAACUCCUUUUAGGAGUGGGACAGGGGAGAUAAAACCUAUGAAUUCAAAUAAAAUAAAUGAAUUUAACCAAGCAUAAAGCCUUUAAAAAUAUACUGUCAAACAUUGUUUACAUUUCUUAUAACAUCCUGAUACCUGAAUCUCAACAUCUGAGCACAGAAUGGUUGCAGUUAGGAUCCUGGCUAGCUGUGUUAAAAAACUUGUCGGUUAAUAGGACAGUGUGAAACAUAGGUGGUGACUCCUCUCAUAAACCAGAUUUGAUGCCAUUUUGACUGGUCUGACCAAAUACCAAGGGAAUGGUUUUGGACAUUGUUCUGUUCCUGAUAGAACAAAGCAGUCCCAACAUGGCCCAGAGGCAACUCUACAUGGGAAAACUGAAGCAUAUGAUCUGCAGAAACCUUAGAGCAUACAGUAAUUCUAAGGAGAAAAGGUAGUUUAUUUGUAAACCCCUGUGUAUAUUCUAUUGUAUCCAUAAAUGAUCAGCCAGCUCUGUGAUCCUCAGCCCAAGAAUCAUACUUUCCAUUCCUUUUUUGAAAUAUAUUUUGUUGUCAGUCUAGAAACCAACCACAUUUGACAAUUUAUGUGUUAGGUAGUUUUGCUCUUUCAGUUUGGGUCCAAUUUAUGUUUAAUGAGUGGCUUGGAAAUUAAACUCUUUUAAGGUAUAAAGCUACAUUUGUGAAACUGUACUUAGUGUCUUUAAGUGGAUGCUCUUUUUACAUAUUUUGUUCUUGUUCCCAAGGAUAUACUAUAAUUUCUCUACAUUUCAUGAAUAAUAGUGGAUUUCCUCAAGUUGUUCUGUAUAAUUACAUUUAAACUGAAUUUAUCAAUAAUGUUCUGAUAUUGACUAUAGGACUAUACAUUGAGGGUGUUUAAAUAUAUUGUUUGGCUUAUUCUAAUAGGAAAAAUGAGAACAAAAUGAGUUCAAAUGCAACUCUGAUGAAUUACAGAUGUAAUUACAUGUCAAUGUAAAAUGACUAGAACUAGAACAGUAAAUUGGAGGAUGCUAGGCCUCAAAUAAUUCUUUCUGAACUCUUCCAACUUUAUUGUGGUGGAAGGGCGUGGGCACAAUCUUCAUGUCCUUGGAGAUGCCCACAUCAUGGCGUGUGACAGGUAUUCAAAGGCUUCAAAUCUUGAACAAGUUAUUAUUACCCUUCUACCCCCAUGCCGCAUCCCUUAUUAAGAAGCUCCUCUACUGACUUCUUUCCCUGAAAGCUUAAAAGUACAAUUUACAAUUGGUUAUCAUGCAUUCCACCCUGUUUUCUCAGUUCUGCAUGCUCUUCCUAAAGGGCAUCCUAUUUUCUGUGUUCUAAUUAAGGGUCAUUCAGUAUCACUGUAAGUUAGAACUGCUAAAGACAUCUUGAUAAAGGGUAGGUUUUU